GAGCUGCUGACUACCCUACACUGUGGCUCCUCGCAUGGGGCACCAGCCCAUACCUUUCUGGAGCGCCUCUCCUGGAGCAGCGGACAAUUCUCAUCGCUAUCGAGGAGUACGCGUGCGCCACCAAGCCGCAUUGCGGGCUGGCCAGCGAGGAGAGGCCGGGAGGUCCGAAAGCAGUCAAUGACUUUUUGCAGAGGUGGCUGCGUUUCCCUGGCCGUCGCCUUUCUGUGGCGGUGCUGUGGCCGGGCAGCGGCAGAUCGUCGGAACGCCCCGGUGGCCGUUCAUUGGCACUUGCAACCCUCACAACAACCUCCCAUCGUUUUCAACAACGAGAGAGAUGGAAGCAGGCCUCCUCCACUAUGGCACUGGUACGCAGGGGGUCCUACAGGCAUCGGGGCCCGCCUCUUCAGCUCUUCCACAUUGUUGCUGCCUUCACACGGAGACCGCUCGCCAAGAUUGCCGCUGCACUGCCCCCAGCUUCAUGCGCUCCAGACUCUCUUCUCCAUCACGAGUCCCAAGGCCACCCGCCGAUCGACAUCCAUUGAGUCGUGUCUCGGACUGACCACAAGGCGGCCAUCGCGUCUGCUGAGUUAUCUUGGCCUCUCUACGGGCGUCAACCGUGGGGUGCCGUGUUACAAAGCAGCAGCCGCCCGCGUCUCCACUCCAGCGCUUCGCAAAAUGACUGACAUGCGUUCCCGCGGCGCCUCGCCCAGCUUCACCAUCUGACGCCCGAUUUAGAGACUCGCCGUUCCACGCGCCUGUAUCACCGUCUCGACCAGUCCAGUAGUAGCAACUGCUUCUUGAUCUAGGUACUUCUCUGUCUGUUAUGUCGGCCACAAGCAUAACACCGUCGGCUCCGUUCUAGCCGCUUCCUUCGCAUGUCGUCGGCACCGGAACUUUCUUCAUCGCAUCAUGCUUGCUAUCCGUAUCGUACG